UGUUUCGGCUUUGGUGUGUUUUUGGACUCAAUCUGACACUACGAUUCGGUUUUGUACAUUGUGGAAACGAUCGUCAAAGCGUGAAGUUGGCGUUCGCGCUCUUUACAAAAAAAUAAAUACUUGUAUACAAAAGAAAACCGUAGACGGUCUUGAGUUAAAUGUUUACUGCAUUCGCUUUUGUAUUCUGUGCACGUUUGUAAAACUGUAAACUGAAGACAGAAAGCACAAAGCAAAACAUGCAUAUGUAAAUAAACAAGCGGCACAUAAAUUGUUGGAAGAGUUGAAAAAAAGCAGAAGUGGCUGCAACUUGGGACGGCGGCAGCGGAGCCAAGAGAGCUCAAAAGUAAUUGCAAAUCGAAUCGAAGUAAAAAGGUGCAGUGACAAACAAAGGCACAUAAAUAUUUGUGAGAGAGUGUGUGUAUGUGAGAGAGAGCGGAGGCCAAGUGCCAUAAUCUUUGCCGGUCUCGUUUCAAGGUCAACCGCAUCUUACAAGUUUUGGCUCUGUUUAGACGGUUUGCUUUUCGCUGCGUCAGUAUAAAAGAAUGUGUUAAUUUGGUGUUGCAAGCCAUAACAUCAACAUUGGAUAACCAAAAAACAACGCAGCAACAAAUAUGCAAAACUUACGACCGCCUAUAGAGCUACUGUUGCUAUUGCUGGGCAUCAUUGGCGGCAUCUGCCUGUCGCAGCUGCUGCGCCAGACGCGACUGCGCUUCUACGCCAGCUAUAAAGCGCCAGCGACUGCGCCGCGCGCGCCUAUUACCUCACAACUCUACACGACGUCAGCGCCGCUGCCCGACGCCAGUCGCAUACUCUGCUUGGUCUUGAGCAGCGCUCCCAAGUCGCUGCAGCUGCGCGCCAAGCAUAUCAAACGCACUUGGGGCCAGCGCUGUGAUAAGCUGAUCUUUAUAGGCAAUCAACGCGACAAGCAGCAGCUGCCGGAGACUGUGGCCUUAAAUCUGAGCGUGGGCUACAGUCACAUUUGGGGCAGAACGCGCGCCAGCUUGCAACAUGCUGCAGCACACUAUAAAGACUUUGAUUGGCUGCUCAAGCUGCACGAUGACAACUAUGUCAUAAUGGAGAAUCUGCGGCAUUUGGUCGCUGGCUACAGCCCAAGCAGCGCCAUUUAUUUUGGCAACUUUGCUCAACAGCAGCAAAAUACAACAGGCGGUGGCGUCUAUUUGCUCAGCAAGUCGGCACUGCAGCGUUUCAAUCAGCUGGGAUAUAACAAUAGCAGCAUCUGCAGCAAUCGCAGCUAUGGCAGUGAAAGUCUGGAGCUUCAACGCUGUCUACGCAAUGUGAAUAUCAUAGCUGGAGAUUCUCGUGAUGAGCUGGGCUUGGAACGCUUUCUGUACUCAGCCAGCUAUGAGUACGCACUGCUGGGAAAUGCAAAAAUCGCGCGAGUGCUGCUCGAAGACUGCAAUAACAUUUCGCUAUAGCAAUGCUGUAGAUUUCUACGUACUGGACUAUGUGCUCUAUAAGCUGCAUCCAAUUGGCUUAAAUAGAAUUUAGAAUUUAGCCUGAAUUUUGCUGUUCCAAAGAUAAAUGACUAGUCAAUUUAAAUGCAAUUUGUGCUUAAUGGAAAUGUAAUUUUAGAUCAGUCAACUUGGCAUUAAUAGUAAUAUUGUAUUAAAUUAAGAGUCUUAGCUGUCAAA